GUGCCUUGUCAGCCCCGUCUGCCUAGACGGUCAGGCCGCGGUCACGCGGAGCACCUAGGUUCGUCGCCCCCGCGUGACCAUGGCCUACGGACAAAACGCCAAGGCCACUGGGGCCCAGCCGCGCGCCCUGCGUAGCGCCCGGGGGUGGGCAGCAGAGGGUGCAGGAGGUGCUCGCCUCAGCGCGCCUAUUGGCUGGAGCCGCCGCCCAUCGAGCCCUGGGACCAGACAAUUGGUCGCUGAGGGCGGAGUUUGUGGAGCCCCAAUGAAUGGGGGAGCCGGAAGCAGGAAGUGAGUUUGCGAAGCGAGCAGCUGCUGCAGGGCCCAUGGCGGACACCCAGUACAUCCUGCCCAAUGACAUUGGUGUGUGUAGCCUGGACUGCCGUGAGGCCUUCCACCUGCUGUCACCUACGGAGCGCCUCUAUGCCCACCACCUGUCUAGGGCUGCCUGGUACGGAGGCCUUGCUGUGCUGCUACAGACCUCCCCUGAAGCCCCCUACAUCUACGCCCUGCUCAGCCGCCUCUUCCGUGCCCAGGACCCAGACCAACUGCGCCAACAUGCCCUGGCUGAGGGUCUUACAGAGGAGGAGUAUCAGGCAUUCCUUGUCUAUGCUGCAGGGGUCUACUCCAACAUGGGCAACUACAAGUCCUUUGGCGACACCAAGUUUGUUCCUAACUUGCCCAAGGAGAAGUUGGAAUGUGUGAUUUUUGGGAGUAAGGCCGCCCAGCAGCAGCCAGAAGAAGUCAGGGGCCUCUGGCAGAUCUGCGGGGAGCUUAUGUUCUCUCUGGAACCAAGACUUCGACACCUCGGGCUAGGGAAGGAGGGAGUCACCACCUAUUUCUCUGGGAAUUGUACCAUGGAAGAUGCCAAACUGGCCCAAGACUUUCUGGACUCCCAGAACCUCAGUGCCUACAACACACGGCUCUUCAAGGAGGUCAACAAGGAAGGGAAACCCUGCUAUGAGGUGCGGCUGGCAUCCGUGCUCAGCACAGACCCUGCUGAGGGCUUGGAAAUGACUUCCAAGCUGAAGAAGUAUGAAUUCCAGGGAAGGCAUUUCCAGGUCACCCGGGGAGACUAUGCCCCCAUCCUCCAGAAGGCAGUAGAGCACCUGGAGAAGGCCAAGGCGUAUGCAGCCAACCACCACCAGGAGCAGAUGCUGGCGCAAUACAUAGAAAGCUUCACCCAGGGCUCCAUCGAAGCCCACAAGAGGGGCUCCCGCUUCUGGAUCCAGGACAAAGGCCCCAUUGUGGAGAGUUACAUUGGCUUCAUUGAGAGCUACCGAGACCCCUUUGGAUCCCGAGGAGAGUUUGAAGGCUUCGUGGCCAUGGUGAACAAGGCCAUGAGUGCAAAGUUCGAGCGGCUGGUAGCAAGUGCCGAACAGCUGCUGAAGGAGCUGCCCUGGCCACCGGCUUUCGAAAAGGACAAGUUCCUCACUCCUGACUUCACCUCCCUCGAUGUCCUCACCUUCGCUGGCUCCGGCAUCCCUGCUGGCAUCAACAUCCCCAACUAUGAUGACCUGAGGCAGACAGAAGGCUUUAAGAACGUGUCACUAGGGAAUGUGCUGGCUUUGGCCAAUGCCACACAGCGGGAGAAGCUCACGUUCCUGGAGGAGGAGGAUAAGGACCUGUACAUACGUUGGAAGGGGCCCUCCUUUGAAGUACAGGUGGGGCUACAUGAACUGCUGGGCCAUGGCAGCGGCAAGCUCUUUGCACAGGAUGAGAAAGGAGUGUUCAACUUUGACCAUGAGGCAGUGAUCAACCCAGAGACGGGGGAGCAGAUUCAGAGCUGGUACCGGAGUGGAGAGACCUGGGACAGCAAGUUCAGCACCAUCGCCUCCAGCUACGAAGAGUGCCGGGCAGAGAGCGUGGGCCUCUACCUCUGCCUCAAUCCCCAAGUGCUGGAGAUCUUUGGCUUUGAGGGGGACAAUGCAGAAGACGUGAUCUACGUGAACUGGCUCAACAUGGUUCGGGCUGGGCUGCUGGCUCUGGAGUUCUACACCCCAGAGGCCUCUAACUGGCGACAGGCCCACAUGCAGGCGCGGUUUGUGAUCCUGAGAGUAUUGCUAGAGGCUGGUGAGGGACUUGUGACCGUCACUCCUACCACAGGCUCUGAUGGGCGCCCAGAUGCCCGGGUCCGCCUGGACCGAAGCAAGAUCCGGUCAGUGGGCAGGCCAGCCCUGGAGCAGUUCCUGCGGAAACUCCAGGUGCUCAAGUCCACAGGGGAUGUGGUCGCAGGGCGGGCCCUGUAUGAGGGGUAUGCAGCAGUCACUGACGCGCCUCCCGAGCGCUUCCUCACCCUCAGGGACACAGUGCUACUGCGCAAGGAAUCUCGGAAGCUCAUCGUUCAACCCAACACUCGCCUUGAAGGCUCAGAAGUGCAGCUCCUCGAGUAUGAGGCCUCGGCUGCUGGCCUCAUCCAGUCCUUCUGUGAGCGCUUCCCAGAGGAUGGGCCUGAGUUGGAGGAGGUCCUUACCAGGCUAGCGAAAGCAGAUGCCCGCUUCUGGGGGGAGCCCCAGUGAGGCCCCAUCUAACCUGACUAGAGAAGAUCUGCAUGGUCCCUUCCCCUUGCAUCAAACCAGGGCUGCUAGAGCCCUGCAUUGUGUGUAAUUAGGGGCCAAGGGAGGGGUGGGAGCUCGGACUUUGGUGCUACCUCAGCAGAGGGUGGUGACACUAACCCCUUCCAUUGCCAGCACUUUCCAGUUUACCAAGUGCUUCCCCCUGUGUUACUUGUUCUACGCUGCCAUCUAUGGAGUGAACAUGAUAGGGCUCCUAGUCUGAUUUCCCACGUGACAAAGUGGCAGUUCUGAGAAUUGACUGGUCUAGAUCCCACAGGUAGUAUGUGACAGAGCCAGGGUUUAAAACAUUCUCACCAAAUCCAGUGCUCUUCAUGUAUUUCUUUUAUAACCAGAAAAAUAAAUAUCUAAAACAACCACCAUC